AUUUAUUACACAAAUGCCACUCUCUAGACUCAUCUCCUGCCUUCCUUCACAAACACACUCCCGCAGAAGCAGACCGUACCGUGGAGCUGCUCUGCUUAAUUUUUGCUUCCCGGCCAUGGCUUCUCUGCAAAUACGCUGCGGGACUGCGCAUCCGCGAUUCUGCUACAGGCUUGCCUCGCCUCUCCCUUCGCGGAUAAGCCGGAAUUCGAGAUUUCGCCGGCGGUUUCCUGUCCGAGGGAGAGGCGGCGGCUUGAUUCUGCGCAAGGAGAGCGGGAGGCGCAGAGGCAGUGCAUGCUUGGUUCGUUGCUCGAGUGGAGAAGAUAAUGCACUGAUUGAGAAGGUUUCGGAGAGGGAACAGAGCGACGAGCCCCGGCCUCCUUUUGAUAUCAAUCUCGCCGUCGUCUUGGCCGGUUUCGCUUUCGAAGCCUACGCCACGCCGCCGGAAAAGGUAGGGAAGCGGGAGGUAGAUGCUGGGAAUUGCAAGACGGUGUACCUGUCAGAGCCGUUUGUCCGGGAGAUAUAUGAUGGGCAGUUAUUUGUGAAGCUGAAAAAUGGCUUUGACUUCCCUGCAAUGGAUCCAUGGGGAACAAGUGAUCCUUAUGCGGUCAUCCAAUUGGAUGGUCAGCAUUUCAAAAGCAACGUGAAAUGGGGGACAAAGGAGCCAACGUGGAAUGAGGAGUUCUCGUUCUAUAUUAAACUGUCUCCAGCAACAAGCCUUCAGGUUGCUGCUUGGGAUGCUAACCUUGUCACUCCACAUAAGCGCAUGGGCAAUGCAAUCAUUAGCCUAGAUUCCAUCUGCGAUGGUAAUGUGCAUGAAUUGCAGGUGGAAUUGGAAGGAAUGGGUGGCGGUGGGAAGUUGGUGCUAGAGGUGAGGUAUAAAACCUUUAAAGAAAUUGAGGAGGAAAAGAAGUGGUGGAUACUUCCAUAUGUUCCUGAAUUCUUGAAAAAUAGUGGUCUUGAAUCUGCUCUAAAGAUGAUGUCAGGAAAUGAGAGUGUGCCAGCCCGGCAGUUUGUGGAAUAUGCUUUCGGGCAGUUGCAGUCAUUCAAUGAUGCAUACAUUUCAAAGGGUCAAAUUUCUGGUGGCUAUGAGUCCGAAGCUGUAGAGAGCUCCAGCAGUAUUGUAGCUUCAGAUUUGACAUCGAAGAGAGAGGUUACAAAUGAUGCAAAGUGUAGUAAAGAGGAUGAUCCAAAUUCUGAUAAUAGCAAUAAUGAUGCCUUAGAUAAGUCAAAUGGUGUGGAGAAUGUGAAACUAGCUGAUGGUUCGCUGACAGAAAAACUUUUCUGGGGAAACUUUGCUGAUGUUAUCAACCAAACAGUUGUUCAGAAACUUGAUCUUCCAGUUUCACUGGAACUAAAGUUUGAUGGCUUUGACUUGUUAAAAGGGAUUGGAUUGCAGUCACAGGAGAUUGCUAAUGCCACCUAUGUGGAGUCAGGCCUUGCAGCUCCAGAAGGUCAGGAUGGUGAGAAAGAUAAAGCUAGUGGCCCGCCAGUCACUGUUGCAGUUCAAUCUUCACUGCCAGAUGUAAAGAAAGCAACUCGAGAUUUAUUAAAGCAAACUGAAUCAGUUUUUGGAGCCUUAAUGGUCUUGGCGGCUUCUAUUUCUAAAUCAAACGACGAGGAGACACAUGUUUCAGGAGAGAGUUCGACUACAGAUGAUGAGGUUAUUACUAGCUCUGAAAACCAGAUAGUAUUGGACGAAAAGAAAGCCGAAAACCAGAUUGUAUUGGAUGAAAAGAAAGCCGAGGAGAUGAGAGUACUUUUCUCGAGUGCGGAAAGUGCCAUGGAGGCAUGGGCAAUGCUAGCCUCCUCAGCCGGCCAUUCGAGUUUUAUUAGGUCUGAGUUUGAGAAAAUAUGCUUUCUGGAUAAUGAAUCUACUGACACUCAGGUGGCAAUUUGGCGUGAUUCUGCAAGAAGGAGAAUAGUCAUUGCUUUCCGGGGCACAGAACAAACAAAAUGGAAGGACUUGGUGACGGAUCUAAUGCUUGUCCCUGCUGGGCUAAAUCCUGAAAGGAUAGGCGGAGAAUUUAAGGAAGAAGUUCAGGUCCACACGGGGUUCUUAAGCGCAUAUGAUUCAGUCAGGAUAAGGAUCAUGUCAAUCAUUAAAUCAUCCAUUGGUUACCAAGAGGAUGCGUCUGAUCCGCCAUUUAAAUGGCAUAUUUAUGUCACCGGUCAUAGUUUGGGUGGUGCACUGGCCACCCUACUUGCCCUUGAACUCUCUUCCAGUAAGCUAAUUGGGUAAGUGCUUUCUUGUUCGAUUCAGUUCCACAGUAGUUUUGCUAAGUGGCAAUGUUCAUGCAUAAUGUCAUUGGAUUCAUUAGGCGGGGAGCUAUUUCCGUGACUAUGUACAACUUCGGGUCUCCUAGGGUUGGAAACAAAAUGUUUGCGGAAGCUUAUAAUCAGAAAGUUAAAGAUAGCUGGAGGGUUGUGAAUCAUCGAGACAUUAUCCCAACCAUUCCUCGUUUGAUGGGUUAUUGUCAUGUCGCUCACCCUGUUUACCUGGGACCUGGAGAGCUAAGAGAUGCUUUGGAAAAUUUGGAGCUUGAGAGAGAUGGUUACCAAGUUGAUGUGUUGGGGGAGGCGACGCCCGAUUCUCUUGUCAGCGAAUUUAUGAAGGGCGAGAGGGAACUGAUUGAGAAAAUACUGCAAACUGAGAUCAACAUAUUCCGGUCUAUCCGAGAUGGAAGUGCCCUGAUGCAGCAUAUGGAGGACUUCUAUUACAUCACCCUUCUAGAGCAUGUGAGGUCAAAUUACGGGAGUCUUCCCAGGGCGGAAAGAAGCGUACAGAACAACCCAACAAACAGCAAUGGAGUGAACCGGACCUGAAAACGUACUAAUUCCACGUACCUUCUCAACCUCACAUUUAUCAUAAUGUAUGUACCCUGUAAAUUCCUCCUUUCUCUUGCUGGUUUCCCGUCUCUUUGUCCUCGUGGAUAAUUUUGCGUGAAAAUACGGUAUUAAUGGGGAACAAGACAAUCCAGAAGUCAUUUUCUAGUGUACAGAACUUGGUGGUUCUCUCACGUCCCAUAAUGGAAAUGAUAUAGACAAAUCAAUCAGACACUCACCGUAAAUAAUUUUAGGUAAUGACCAUUCGUUGCUCUGCCUCUUUACGUCGUGCAUUGAAGUUACCAUGAAGUUGCAUCUGUAUCUAUCGUCUAUAGAAGUUUCUGUAUGAAGAUAGUACCUCAGUAGUUCUUGUUCGAAAGCGGAGGUUAGACAGUCAUAGGUCGCGUUAAACUUAAAUGUAAGUAAACUGCUACUUCAGGUUUCAACUGGCCAUUGCCCUGUCAUUGGCUUCACUUGUGCCAAAAGCAUUAGCAUAGUAUGCCUCUACUUUUUCUGGGAAAUUUCUUCACUGCCAUUUGUUUAUGCCUGCC